AUGUUAAUAGUGUCGGACAAAAGCUUAUCGUCGUUUUUCCCCCAAUCGAAUCCCGAAUCCAAACCCCUGUUCUCCUUGUUCUUCUUCUUCUUCCUUGACGGCGCUUUCUUGGGGGAACACAUAAAGCAGCCGCCUUUCGCCGGAGGCGAGACUGAUUGGCUGGAAAACGAGGAAGAGGACGACGAAGACACCGAUUUCCUUCUCCCCUUUUUCUCCAUUUUUAUCCCAUUCUCCUCCAAGGGUGAAAAGGGACUCCCGCCGGCGUCGGUACCGGGUUUUUCCGGCUCGGCAGGCCGCGAAAGGUCGAAGCUUUUCGACGAUAAGGGGGCUGGCGGUUUGGGAGCGUCCGGCGGCGGGAGGGACUUGAGGCGGUUGAAGCGGGUCUCGAGGUGGGAGGGGAGGCCAGCGCCGGUGAACCCAGCGCAGUUGAUUGCGGCCACUUGCUCGAGCACCGUGGAGUCCAUGGCCUGCGAAAGUAGCUCCUCCACCGCUUUCUCGCCGUCGCUGUCGGAAAAAAAAUCGUCCAUUUUCUUUUUUCCUUAG